GGCCAUAUACAAGGUCAUCUGUAAGCUGGACAGUGAGGUCCCUGAGAUUUUCAAAUCCCCCAACUGCCUACAAGAGCUUCUUCAUGAGUAGAGAGUUCAGCAGCUAUUUAUGAAUGUAUGAAAGUAGCAGUCCCCUUCUGAUGCCCAAGUCAUGCGUGUCUCUAUUUUAAUUUCAUAUAUAUGUGUAUCGCAUACAUAUAUAUGUAUAUGAAAUUAGACUGUGAUCCCUCCUGGGUGUAUCUUUGGGUUUUCGUUUGGUUCCAAGGGGAUGGUUAUUUUACUUCAGCCUUUGGUUUACUUUUGCCCGAGACCCUUAACAUUUGGAGAAUAAAUUGAGUUAAUUUUCAGGGAGAAGAGUUUGGAAGCGUGUAAAAGCCUGUCUUAGCGAGUUAGGGCAUUAUGUUUAAAAAUGCUUUGUCAGAUUUAUUGCUUGCUGCAAAGUGGCAUUUUGUCUUAGUGAGACUAAUGUCAUGGCACAAUACUACAGACAAUGAAGUUUAUAUUAUGUUUAUACUGCUAAAGUUCUGAACUCUGUGGAGUCACUUCAUAAGCUUGGAGCUCUUUUUGUUUUCUUUUUUUCUUCUUUUUUUUCUUUUCUUUUUUUUUCUUUUCUUUUCCAAAUUUUAUAUUCUUUUUAACCAAUAACUAGAUUUUCUUUCAUACUUCAAAAAGCUACAACAUCUAUUUCAGGUACUCACUCCAAGAAGUGAUACCGAGAAAAGCAAACCCUAUUCUUCAUGCUUCCCCUUACAGAAACAAUAAAUACCCUGAGCCAGUAAUCAACAUGCCAGGUUGUUGUUUUUCUAAAUUGCAGCAAGGGACGUUUGCACAAAUCAAAUACCACUCGUGCAGGUGGAGGCUGGUAACUCAUGCACAGCGUUGUAUCAACCACACAAAUUGUAGAAUAUGGUCAGCUUGUUAAAACGGAAGCAUUUCACUCUCCAUAGAGUAAAAAUGAAACCUGCUGAGUACUAAACUGCCACGUCUUGGUCUUACUUUAAGUGGCAUCGGUCCCUGAUUUUUUUCCUCUCAGUGCAUUCUGCCCCUAGAAAUCUCCUUUCCAAUAUACACAGUUUUCUGUCUAUAUUUGACAUCUGUCCUGAAAAGCACUUUUUGAAUGACCUUAUAUACAGUCAAAGAAAGCAUCUUCACCUCACAGUGCUGAGGCAAAGGAGAAAAAAAAAAAAAGAAAAAGAAAAAAAGAAAAAGAAACAACAACAAAAAAACUUGUUCGUAGCUGUAAAAUAUAAUCAGCCUUUUCCUAAUCGGGAGAAUGAAAAUCACAGUUUCGAGAAAAUCUAAUCAAGCAUAUACAAAAAUUGCAGUGUCCUCCUGGCUAUGCAGGUUUCAAAGAGCCCGACUGGAUUUUUAAAUUACACUAAGGUGCAGCUUUAUUUAAAAAAAAAAAAAAAAUCUAUUUGAGCAAAUUGCUGCACAUCCUCAGAAGCUGGAGGUUGCCUUGACCAACAUCUGAGCUACAGUGUAAAGUCCACGAUGGGUCUGGAUUCACCUGAAUGCUGUACCGUGAAAUGUCAGCACACAGAAAGAAAGCUAGCUGCUAGUUCUUGUGCUUUCUUCAAUGGCUCUCUUUGUCUCACGUUUUCAGAAAGGUAUUGUCUCCAAAAGUUUGGGGGAAGGUUGAAUAUGCUAUAGCACUCUGUAUUUGUCAUUUUCUCUGUCGUCUUUUGUACAGAUGCAGUAAGAAUUUAUUGUUAUCGUCAAUAGUGUUUUCCCCUGCACAUUUCAGUCUGAAUCUAGAGGAAGUUCCUGGUUAGCUGAGGAUUGCAUUUAGACCCUGGAGGAUGUUGAUACCUUGUUUCUGUAUUUUAAAAUUACAUUUUGACUUUGGAGAGUGAAAGUUUACCCAUGUGACUAAAGAGCUGACCUGAUCAUUGCAAUUUCACUUCAUUUACAAAUACUGCUGAUGGACAGAAAUGUAUGAAAGCAAUUAUUGUCAGCAGAAAGCCUUAAAAACCUGCUGACUUCAAAUUAAACAGCACAAUCCUACGAUUCCCUGUCAUUAUUUUCAAGCACUGGCAGUAUCUGUGGAGUAUAGGCAAUGCAGACAAUAGCAUGGGAUGAAGUGCCAACAUUUUCACUAUGCAUUAAAAGCUAAACAAAUCUUGAUCUUAGACUCCCUAAGAGUACCUAACACUGUACGUAUCCUCGCAGUAGACAGGUGUGUCUUUUUCUUGCUUUUUUUCUGGUUUGUUUCGUUUUCCUUCUUUUCCCUUUUUAUUUUUUCUUCUUUUAUUCUUGUGCAUGAUAUGGUAAACAUUACACUUCAUGAUGACGUAACUCCAGUUAAUUCUGAGUAAGAAAGGAUGAAAAUUGUGUUCAUGCACUUUUCUUUUCUCCUUUUUUUUUCUUUCUUUUUUUUUUUUUUUUAAUUUAUGGGAAGAAGUGGCAUAAAAUGCUCAAGUUUUAACACAGCAAAUCCAUCAUUGGCAUACCAUCAGAUACAAAACAUAACACUGCAUUGUCACCUUGGACAUAAGAAAGCAAAGCCAUACUGUAGUCAUAAUAUGUGGACAUACUACUAGCUACCAACUUAAUCUGUGAUUUUACCCUUACUUUUAUUAUGUUUAUUAUUAUUAUUAUUAUUAUUAAUAUGAUAUUAUUAUUAUUAUUAUUAUUUGGCUGCAAUGUGAUUCACAUAAUCUAAAUAAGUGAAAUUGUGUACUCAACACUUGAUGUUGUUGCAUUUAUUUAUUUAUUUAUAAGUAGCAUAAUCUUGAUAGUAAAUGAGGCAUAGGAAUUAAGAGUAGAAAUUUCACCUUAAAAGAACAAUAAAAGCUCCUUGGUCUGAAAAAGGAAUACGGGAUGAUUCGAUGAUUUCCGACAUGUGAUUCUUCUGUAUUUUAUAGCCAUAUUGCCUUUGUGCCUCCCAGUACACCUAAAAACAUGGCAUAGCUCCUACUAAACUGCAAGUAGAAAAUAGGGUUGGCUUUUUUUUUUUCAAGUGAUCUGGAUAUUAUUUCCCUAAUAGCAGCUAAAAGGCAGGAGGCUACUUUUAUUCUAACGAAACGUUUACACAGGGAAAGAAUUUCAAAUUCCAUGUAGAAAUCCCGUGUUGCCAUUCAUUUACUGCUAAUUCAGAUUUAUUUCUGCAUAUAAACUUGAGGUUAUAGUCUGUGCCUAGACCUUAAAUGCACCAGCGGAAGGAUAAAAGAAUCCUUCAAAAUACCAGUUUUUUCCCCCACAAGUACAAUUGUUCUUGUGCCUUCUGUGGCUUACAGUUUUCAUCCUUUAAACUUUAUUUUUUAAUUACUACUACAGCUGCAAUAAACACUAUUUUAUUUCAUUAUUAUUAUUAUUAUUAUUAAUUAUUAUUUCUCCGGCUGUUUGACAUACUGUUGAUAGCUAUGCAUAUUUUGUGUCUUUUUAAAAAUUAAAAAAAAAAAAAAAAGAAACAAAAAAAAAAACAACACAAAAAAAGAAAAAAAAAGAAGAAAAAAAAACCCCACAAAGCAGGAGAAUACGUUUUUGAAGAAGAGAAUUUUUAGAACAGUUUGAUAAUGCAAAUUAUUUUUUCUCAAUCGUUUGAGCAGCAUUCGAGUUUUGAAAAUUCUUGUAGAAGCCAAUUUUUUGUAACUGUGGUGCAAAUCUUGUGUUUUCUUAGCCUGAUGAAAAGUAGUAUAGAAGCAAUAUUUCAUACGUGACAUAUGUGCAGAUGGAUAUACAUAUGUAGUCACACGCAGCCAGGGUGCGUGCGCGCGUAUGUAUAUAUACACUGACACACACACACACACACAAAAUAUGCGUAUGAAGUGAAAAGCUUACCUUUUUCCUAUCUAGAUUAAGAACCUAUUUUAGACAUUUGUUAUGUUUUGUGAAAAGAAUGUUCUAUUUGAAACUACAAAACAUUUAAUUCUUACUGUAUCUCUGGUUGUUUAAUGGGAACGUUUCACAUUUAAUGGUAAACACGUGGAAGAUGUUAGAAUGUAGUAAUUAUUUAAGAAAAGUGUUCACCCAUGUAUUCCUGAGGUUUGCUUUGUGCCUCUGAGUAUUAUUUAAUUAAAGUGUUUUAAGUUUGCAGAAUCUUUGUUACUGUACCAGGUACGUGGGUGAACAUUGAAAACCGAGGGGAACUUUUAUAAAGCAAUGUAAAUAUUCAACCUUAAGGCCGUUCUUGCGUAAAGACAUAAGAUUUUAAUAACUACAUUCUGAAAACAUCUGUUGAAUUUAUAAGGAACACUACAGUAACUGUACAGAUAGUUGAAAGCAUUCUUGAAAAUCCAGCUCUCUUACUUUUAACAGUUGAGUCUUUCAUCAGAUGUCAAGGGAAUGGGUAAUACGGUUUCUGUAAAAUGGCAGAAUUUUUUUCUAUGUAUAGGAAGUCAGUUAAUAGAAAAAUGUUUUUUUUUCCACAGGUUAAUAUUGAUUAAGAAAUAAAGGUGAAGAUUUUGUGGCUUUAAAGAUAGGAUUUUCACCAGCAGCAUUGAAAGAUUAUACGUAUAUAUAUAUACAGAAAUAUAUAUAUAUAUAUAUAAAUGGAAAGUGGUUUACAAAACCCCCAAAAUGAGCACUGUACAUGAGAAGUGAAAGCAAAAACUAUAUUUGCCAUGUGUAUUAUAUAGUAAUCAUUGGUGUUGAUAGUGCAAAUGUUUCCUUCUGGUACCAACUAUGUGUUUGAAAAUUCCAAUACGCAUUGUUUUCAAAAAGCUCCCCUUAAGGAAUGUAACUGGUUUAUAUGAGUAAGCAGUUACUGUAUUGCACUUAAAUGUUCUGUUGAAGGAAAUGCAAUUUCGUUUUCUGUAGAACUGUUGGUUGUAAACCAUCUAUAAACUGAAGCUAAAAAUGCUCAUAUUUAGAGCUGGGAUGAAAACUGGUAUUUAACCUUUGUAUCUUCUUAGGAAUAUCCUUUUUAGUGUAUGAAAGGUGGUGGCACUAUGACUUUGUUUAGUCUUUUCAUCUGAGCCACAGUCACCUCUCUCCCAAAGCAGCCACCUUCCAAAUGCACAAAUAUACUGGGACGUGUAGAAAUAAAUCUAGGAGAAUCGGAGAGCUUACGUUUUCUCUCUAAAAUCCAUCCUUUCUGCGUUAAUUAUACCACUGGAGUGAAAUAUUAGACCAACACAAUAACCACCUCAUUACCGCACGACGUGUAGGAGUCAGAAACUUAAAAAGGAGGAAGAAAAGCCUCUUUAGGUUGGUUUUAAUGCUGCCCGGAAGAGUCAAAGGUUAAGGUCUAAACUGAUAUUGUCCCAGUCAUUACUCAUAUGUAUAUAGUUACAGAAGUGACAAAACACUGCCUUUAUAUUAUUUAGCAAUAUGUUGUAAAUAGCAUUAUUAAGCUCUUUUUUGUAAUAAAGACCCUUUAAUUUGAAGAUAGUACAAUAACUGAACUGAUAAAGUCAAUUUUUUGAUUUUUUUUUUUUUAAUUUUAUUUUUUAGCUAGAGGCAAUUUCAACUGUGGAUUUUUUUUGUUGUUGUCUAUUGUUCUGAAGACUUUGCAUAAUUUAUUGGUUUAAUUUAUCCUAAUUUAUUUGAUGAAGGUGUACAAUUUUGUAUUACCAAGGAUGUACUGUAAUAUUAAUUGAUGACAAGAUAAAACAAUAAGACUCCCCUGUCCGUUUGACAAAAAAAAGGUGCAGUAGACAAUUGAUUGAAAAAAGAAAAAAAAAAAAAGUUACAAUUCUAGCUUGGCAGCUACUAAAUUUGAGGUAAACACAGGAAAAAUGUUUGGGGGGGUGGAUUUUAUUUUGUGUGUUUAAAGCUUUUGUAUACUCUCCAGACUUUUACCUUUUUGCUUUGUACCACUUAAAGGAUACAGUAGUUCAAUUGCCUUGUGUGCCUUCCAUCUUCUCUAAACUGAAUGUAUGUGCAGUAUAUAUGCAAGCUUGUGCAAAAUAAAAUAUAAAUUACAAGCUCA